CUGGUCAGGACCGCCGCCGCAUCUUCGCCGCCCUCCGCUCGCCCACGCCGCCCGGGCGCUCGCCCGUUCCCCGCGUGGUCCACGCGGCAGCGCGCGCGGCAGGGUUGGGCGGCGGCGGUUCGGAGGAUGAGGGAGCGGCGGCGCCCGGAGACGAUGCUCCGCGGCUGAGGACACCGGCAAAGGCGCGGCGGCCGAGCGCAGCACCGACGGCGGGAUGGCUCAGCCAGCUGGGCCGGCGGGCGGUAGGGAGCCGCGGCCGGAGCCGGCGAGCGGCGAGGGGCAGCCGGAUCCCGGGGCGGCCGCCAGCGCGGCCGAGGGCCCGGCGGACGCGCUGAGCCUGGAAGAGAUCCUGCGGCUUUACAACCAGCCCAUCAACGAGGAGCAGGCGUGGGCCGUGUGCUACCAGUGCUGCGGCUCCCUGCGCGCCGCCGCCCGCCGCCGUCAGCACCGCCGCCGCGUGCGCUCGGCCGCGCAGAUCCGCGUCUGGAGGGACGGCGCCGUCACGCUGGCGCCCGACGCGGGACAGCCGCCCCCAGCCGCGGGUAAAUUGGGAUAUUCACAUUGUACAGAAACAGAGGUUAUCGAGUCUUUGGGAAUUAUUAUUUAUAAAGCACUGGACUAUGGCUUGAAGGAGAAUGAAGAAAGGGAGUUAAGCCCUCCACUAGAGCAGCUCAUCGAUCACAUGGCCAACACGGUAGAAGCCGACGGUAGCAAAGACGAGGGCUAUGAGGCUGCGGAGGAAGCCCUGGAAGACCAGGAAGAGGAGAAGAGAACAGUCUCAGCUAUUCGGUCUUACAGAGAUGUCAUGAAGUUAUGUGCUGCUCAUCUCCCAACUGAAUCAGAGGCACCAAAUCAUUAUCAAGCAGUAUGCCGUGCACUAUUUGCAGAAACAAUGGAGCUGCAUACAUUUCUGACCAAAAUUAAGAGUGCAAAGGAGAAUCUUAAGAAGAUUCAAGAAAUGGAAAAGAAUGAUGAAUCCAGCACAGACCUGGAGGAGCUGAAAAAUGCUGACUGGGCACGAUUCUGGGUACAGGUGAUGAGGGAUUUGCGGAAUGGGGUAAAACUUAAGAAGGUCCAAGAGAGGCAGUACAACCCUUUGCCCAUUGAAUAUCAGCUCACUCCUUAUGAAAUGCUAAUGGAUGACAUUCGGUGCAAGAGAUACACUUUGCGAAAAGUGAUGGUGAAUGGUGAUAUUCCUCCUCGGUUAAAAAAAAGUGCUCAUGAAAUCAUUCUCGACUUCAUCAGAUCAAGACCUCCUUUAAAUCCAGCCUCAGCCAGAAAACUGAAACCAACCCCACCACGGCCACGGAGCCUUCACGAAAGAAUAUUAGAAGAAAUUAAAGCAGUGAGAAAGCUGCGGCCUGUCUCACCAGAGGAAAUUAGACAUAGCAGAUUAGAUGUAACUAUCCCUGAGUCUCCAAAGAACAUUGUGAAAUCAUCUGUGGUGAGUGGAGGUUUAACAUCACAAACAGAAGAAAAUGGGUUAAGUGCUGCCCAGCAGGUGCCUGUGCAGCGGAAGAAGCUCCUCAAAGCCCCCACUCUGGCCGAGCUGGACAGCUCUGACUCGGAGGAAGAAACUCUGCACAAGUCGACCAGCAGCAGCAGUGUGUCCCCCUCCUUCCUUGAAGAUCCGGUACCGGAGGCCGUGUCCACCAGGAAGAAGCCUCCAAAAUUCUUGCCCAUAUCAUCAACACCCCAGCCAGAGAGACGGCAGCCACCCCAGAGACGCCAUUCCAUCGAAAAGGAAACACCCACGAAUGUGAGGCAGUUUCUGCCCCCGUCCAGGCAGAGUUCCCGCUCUCUUAUUCCUAGGAUAACCAGUAUAUGGCCAAGGACGCCUUUCCGACCACUUUUUUCUACCAUACAAACAGCUUCUCUGCUCAGCUCUCACCCUUUUGAAGCAGCCAUGUUUGGGGUAGCAGGGGCUAUGUAUUAUCUGUGUGAGAGAGCUUUUACCAGCAGGUGGAAAUCCUCAAAGGAGGAAUUCUGCUACCCAGUGGAGUGCCUUGCUCUUACUGUGGAGGAAGUGAUGCAUAUUCGUCAGGUCCUGGUGAAGGCAGAGCUGGAAAAAUACCAACAGUAUAAAGAUGUCUACACCGCCCUGAAAAAAGGAAAGCUCUGCUUUUGUUGCCGAACCAGGAGGUUUUCCUUCUUCACCUGGUCUUAUACCUGUCAGUUCUGUAAGAGGCCGGUGUGCUCGCAGUGUUGCAGAAAGAUGCGGCUGCCCUCCAAGCCAUACUCUACUCUUCCUAUCUUUUCGUUGGGACCUUCUGCCUUGCAAAGAGGGGAAAGUUGUGUGAAGUCAGAAAAACCCUCCACUGGCCACCAUCGGCCACUUCGGAGCAUUGCCAGGUUCUCCUCAAAAUCUAAGUCUGUAGACAAAUCAGAAGAAGACCUCCAAUUUCCCAAAGAGUUGAUGGAGGACUGGAGCACUACAGAGGUGUGUGUAGACUGCAAAAAGUUCAUUUCAGAAAUCAUCAGUUCAAGCCGGCGCAGUCUGGUGUUGGCCAACAAAAGAGCUCGAUUAAAAAGGAAAACACAGUCUUUCUACAUGUCCUCACCAGGCACCUCAGAAUACUGCCCUUCAGAGAGGACUAUCAAUGAAAUCUGAGCCUCGUGCCUUCAGUUGCUUUUGUGUUCAGAGUGAGCAUCAGUGCGUGAGAACACUGACCCGACUGUCUCCUUCCCGUGUUUUUAUUUAAUAAGCUUGAAUUUGCAUUAGGUCAGAUUUUUUCCACAUCACAUUGUGGGGAAAAAAAACUGAAUGCUGUGUUCUUAUCAAUUGAUGAUAUGUGACAGAUCAGCCAAUUGAUUAUUUGCUCUGAGAGAAGACAGCAGUUUGAAAUUUGCUUUUGUGUGUGUGUGGACUUGGAAGCCAGAAACUUUCUCCUUAGUUCAGUUCUUCAGUGUUCCUCAAAUAAUUUCCUGACUAAGGCAAAAAGCUUCUUAUAUGAGAAAUCAGUCUAACGGAGGUGUCGAUGUCAGCACAGUGCUAAGCAGUAAGUCAUAUUGGCAUUUCCACAUGACAGUGUUCCUGUCCAGUGUGCACAGUGAUUCUGAGCCUGCCAUACACCUGGCACUGGAGGCAGGCCACAGCACAAAAUCCCGAAGCAUCUGCUGAUACUGAUUUUUAAAUUAUCAUUGCUCUGAGAUAAACAUUAUAUAAAGGACUUUCUGCUUGAAUAAGCUGUACACCUCCACGGGGGACCAUUUCCCUUGAGCUGCUGUGUUUGUCCCGGUGUCUCAGAUCAGUGUCUCCUGAGCAUGACAGGUUUUCAUUCCCUAUCUCGAAUGUAUUAUGGUUACCAAUAGUUUUAUAAUGUAGGUCUAAGAAUUAAAGUUUUGUGGGAAUUUCAGGACAAAGGAAGCCUAAAAAUUUGAUGAGAGAAGUUGAUGUAUUUUGGUUAACUAUGAAAAGGGUUGUGACAGCAUCAGGUGCCAGCUAUUGGCCAUGCUGUGGAGCAUGAGCUGGAGCUCACACAUUUUCAGCUACAUUUUCAUAACUUCAUCACAACUAUAUUAAGCCACAAUUUGGUACCUAAAGCCUCAAACUGAAAUUUAUUUUUAUAAAUGAAUUUUAAAAUUAAAAAAUAUCUAACUCUUUUAAAAUUACAAGAAAAUUUACCUGCUGACAGGCAAAAUUUUUGGAUGCUUUUUGCACUAGUUUUCCUUGUAAAUGACUUGAGCUUGUAAGUUGAGUUCUGAUGAAGGUAGACUGGAAGGUAGCAUUGUAUACCUGAAAUUUCUCAGCUUGCUUGGCCCAUACUAUAGACUAUACUUUAAUAUUUUGGGAUGCUUAGAAAUGACGAACUAAUCAAAUUGCCAUGAAUGUUUGGAAAAUUGGUUAAUGCACGUGCACAAUAAUUUCCUGAAAGCUACAGGACAUGUCUGUAGUCAACAGUAUUGACAGCCCAUUUACUAAAAGGCAUGGCAGUCACAUUUUAUACCACAUCAAAAUGCAGUAACAUUUCUAAUGUUAAAUUUACAGUAAUACCUCAAAACUGCUCUGAUAGUAUUUUUUAAUGGAUUGAAAUUUACAAUUUAGUUAAUGGCUUACAAUUACUUAUACUUACAAAAUAAACUUUACCAACUGACUAAAAUAAUGCAUGUUAACAGUUCGUCUGUGUUUGCAUGUAAAAGUGAGCAACUAGAGAACCCUUGCUGAUUCUGUUUAAAUUAUUUUAAAGACUCAUGCUUGAGAGCUUUAAAAAUUAUAUUGGGUUAAUCUCAUUUAUAAAAUUUUCAAGAGACUAUCUGAACUUUAUACUCCGAAUGGGUAGGUGGGAUCCACCCACUUUGAUGGUCCCAGGCUUGAGCUUCUUAAGUGAUUUAUAGUAAGGGUACAAGGGAGAGGAAACAGUGUUUGUAUAUGUAUAUAAAUAUGCACCUGGAAUAUGUGCUUAAGAUAAUGACUAGUUACUGUUUCUAUUAAAACACAAGAAAUUAAACCCCAAAAACAUGAAUUUCAUUCAUAUUCACACAGCUAAUAUCUAGUAAAUCUCUUCCACUUCACUUCUUCAGGUUUAUGGUACUGUAUAGGAUGGUCUGGGCAUUAUGAUCUCUUACUAGAGCAUUAGAAUGUAAAUUCUUCAGCAGCAUUAAUGGGGUUUGCCAAGUGCAUUAAAGAGGUCAAGUGGACAGUGUGUCCAUGUGAAACAGUUUGCAGAAAGUAGUGUAAGAAAGGGAACAUGGCACAGUCAAAAUUGUAGAAAUCAAAUUAGCAUUGUUUUUGGGUGCCAAAACAAACUCUUGAGUUUAACCCUACCUUAUCCAUUAUAUGUACAGCCCCCCACUUCCCUGCCCCCGGCAGCACUUCAGCUAAGUUAGGCAAUUUCUUUUUUUUUUUUUUUUUUUUAAAAGAUGACCGGUAAGGGGAUCUUAACCCUUGACUUGGUGUUGUCAGCACCACGCUCAGCCAGUGAGCGAACCGGCCAUCCGUAUAUGGGAACCGAACCCGGGGCCUUGGUGUUAUCAGCACCACACUCUCCCGAGUGAGCCACGGGCCGGCCCUAGGCAAUUUCCAUAGGGCAAUUCACUAAGAGCUUUGGCAUUUGGUUUUGAAAUCCUUAACCUAGUCUGACUUUAGGCAUAGCUUCCUGUUCUUCCUUCUAAAUAACCUCCCUUUGCAGUGUUCCCAUUCAUCCCAGUUUCCUGCUGUUCAGCUUUUACUUCUACACCAACAACAAAAGAAAUGCUGUUUUCUGGCUGGCCUUGAUUUGAGUCUGGGUAUCUCAGAGCAUGUGUGCAUGGUGUGCACAGGCCUCCCACUGUCACCCCACUUCCCUCCCAGCUUGAGCACUGGUUCUUUUGUCCCAUACGUUGUGAAGAUACGUCAUUGGGAAAUCUGUGCUUCCCUCCCAUGGCUUAGCUUUCUCUCAGUGUCAGAGUACAUAGGAAUGCUUGUAAAUACUGUAAUAUACUUAUUAAUAUUUGAAAGGCAUUCAUUCAGUGGACAAUGGGAAUUAACAUUUCCAAGGCAAGUAAAAAUUAAAUCACUGAUACAUACAUUGACUUAACAGUUUUACUAGAUUUCAAAUCUUAAGCCUUUCACAUUAAACCAGAAGGUUAUGUAGGAGUUUUAAAAAUAUGUUAUGUUUGAAGAGAUUAUAUGAUUAGUACCAUUUUUAAGGCUUUUAUUUUUCUAACUAUAUUAAUAAAUAUAGGACUGGAUUUUAGGUGUCAUAUAGGAAACACAGAAAUUUUAAAUUAUGUUGCUUUUUGCUAAAGCAAAAUAGCAGAAAACUUUGUACAUGCAAAACUGUCGAAGGACCAUGAAGGAAUAUAUACUACUGACUGGGCUUUGACUAGGCUUCCUGUGUGUGUAAAAGUCUAGGUAUUGCUGGCAUUCGUGGGAACAUGAUGCUACUAAAUUUGUUCCAUUAAAGUAUUUUAUUUUAAAAUUUAUCUAGGGAAAAAUAAAAUGGCUUUCCAUCAUACCAUCUGUGUUGAGUUCUUACUGUAAAAUGGGGAUGUCGGUAACUAGCUGUUAGAAAUCACCUGGGUUGGGAAUGCAAGAUACUCUUAGCAGCAGCAGCUUACGGUCACUUGAGAAAUACAAUCCACAGGACCACACUGGAAAAAUUGAAAUGGUGCCACCACCAGUGACUCUGCUGUGUCACCAGGCAGCCACGACUUUUUUUUAACCUCAAUACGGUAAGAAAUUAAAAUUUUGUAAAGACUACAUAACAUUUUAUUAUGUAAGUCACAUAUAUGGAGACAAAUUAUGUAUAAAUAAAGCUUUUUUAACAGCUUUGUUGAGGUAUAAUUGAUAUACAAAAAACCAGCACAUUUUUAGUGUAUACAGUUUGAUAAGUUUGGGAUAAAGCUUUUAUACAACUUUCUAAGUAGAAUUCCUCUAGUGACAUAUUUCUAAAAUGUAAACUUAGGAAAUUCUUAUGGGUUUAUGUUAACCAAGAGUGUUUCUUAAACAUUACAUGGUAUUGAGUUUGAUGUUAAUUCCUUUACACAGGCUGUUUGCUUGGUUGCCAUUUUUUAAGAGCUCCUUCCACUGAAGUUUCUCUGUGACGUGUAUAACAAGACAUUCUUGUGUGUAUCUAGCUCAUAAUCCAAAUAAAUGUUCAGUGACUUUCUCCAUUCAA